UUCAAAAUUUGAAAUUUUCUUAGCCCAUAAACUCUCGUUACCGUUGACCGCCGCCAUAAUUUGAAAAUAAAACUAAAAUUUGCCCGUUGCUUUUCUCGCCUCAACAGAAUUCCGAACCAACUCUCCACCACGGCUGAGGAUUUUUUUGCAGAAUUAAAGCCCAAACCCAGAUCGCCAGCUUAUCAUGAAGUCUCUCAGUAGUUACUUGCAUUCCGGCCAGCUUGACCUUGCACGCAAACUGUUUGACAAAAUUCCCAACCCAGAUCUCCGCGCGUUAACACUCUUAUUAUCUGCAUACUCGAAGCACGGCCGGCCCAAACAAUCCAUUGCUCUUUACAGAAAGCUCUGCAAAGAGAAGAAUCUCCAGCCAGAUCGAUAUGUUAUACUCUCAGUGGCAAAAGCUUGUUCACUUUCCUUGGAUACCUUCGAAGCUAAAGAACUUCACAGCGAUGCAAUUCGAUUCAAGCUUGCCUCGGAUCUACUUGUUGGUAAUGCAUUCAUUGAUAUGUAUGGGAAGUGUAGGUUAAUUGAGGAAGCCAUUAGUGUCUUCGAUGAAAUCUCUGGUAAAGAUGUGAUUAGCUGGACUUCGCUUAUUUUAGCUCAUGCAAACUGCAAGCAAUCAGGAGAAGCUUUGCAAGUUUUUCGUGAAAUGUUGAUAUCUGGUAUGAAGCCCAAUUCUGUAACUCUGUGCACAGUCCUGCCUGUUUGUUCAGCAAUGAAAGCUAUCAACUUAGGAAAAGAGAUUCAUGGCUUUGCACUAAGGAAUAGGUUUGAAGAAGAUGUUUGGGUGAGCAGUGGACUAAUCAAUAUGUAUGCCAAAUCGUUAAAUCUGCGGCUUGCGAGAUCUGUUUUUGAUGGUUUACUGGAAAGGGAUACUGUGUCUUGGAAUACAAUGUUGUCAUCUUAUUUCUCAAUUGGGAACUCAGAAGAGGCUUUAGAGUUAUUUGGAAAGAUGAAAUCUGUAGAAGAUCAAAUGAAUUGUGCUUCCUGGAACUGCAUGGUUAGUGGAUUUGCACAGAAUGGAAGAGUUAGAGAAGCAGUUGAAAUGUUUGCUCAGAUGCAGCAUUCAGGUUUCAGGGCAAAUGAGAUCACCAUAGCCUCUGUGUUGCCUGCCUGUUCCAAUAUGGAGAAUAUAAGAGGUGGAAGGGAGAUUCAUGGAUAUACAUACAGGCAUUGUUUCAUAAAGGAUAAGAUGAUUUUGACUGCCUUAGUUCUCUUAUAUGCUAAAUGUGGGGAUUUAAUGAAAUCUAGGCUUGUAUUCGACCAGAUGAUACAUAAAGAUGUCAUUGCUUGGAAUGCAAUGAUCUUUGCGAGCUCCAUGCACGGUUGUGGGGAGGAUGCUAUAUGUCUUUAUCAUCAAAUGAUAAAGUCAGGCAUGAAGCCUAACUCCAUGACAUUCAUGGGUGUUCUGUCAGGGUGCAGCCACUCUCUUUUUGUCGAAGAGGGACGAUCGAUUUUCAGCGCGAUGAGUCGUGAUUUUGGGAUUCAACCAGAUGCUGAGCACUAUUCCUGUAUGGUUGAUGUCCUGUGUCGAGCAGGUCACCUUCAAGGGGCUUAUGAGUUCAUUCAAGGGAUGCCAAUGGAACCAAAGGCUAGUGCUUGGGGAGCUAUGCUUGCUGCAUGUAGAUUGUACAAGAAUGUUGAGCUGGGAAAGAUUUCAGCAGACAGAUUGUUUGAGAUUGAACCAGAGAAUCCAGGAAACUAUGUCUUGUUUUCAAACAUACUCAUGAAUGCCAAGUUAUUUGAUGAAGCUUCAAAGAUUAGAAAACUGAUGAGAGAUAGAGGAGUUAAAAAGGUUCCCGGUCGCAGUUGGAUUCAGAUCAAGAACAAAGUGUAUACUUUUGUCAAAGAUGAUGAUAAAAUGCUCUUUAGAGAUGAGAUAUUUGGUUUCUUGGAGAAGAUAGGAAAGAAGAUGAAGCUUGAAGGUUAUAAACCAGAUAUAGAUUUUGUGUUGCAGGAUGUUAAAGCAAACCAAGAAGUGCAAUGCUGGAGAAACAUUUCCAUCAUCCUAGCUACAAGGGAUGAUCCUCCUGAGAAGAUUCAAUCUUGCCUCGCCACACUCAGCCAACCACAGAGCCCACAAGAUUCUAAACUCAAGCAAACUCGCCCUUCAAAUCAAAGUACUCCAAGGACUCCAUUCAAGAAGUUGCCAACGCCUCUAAAGGACUCGUCAACAACCUUCCUCUUAGUUUGGCCCUCAUCAGUGAACUUGCCUCCAUGCACUCGCCCUGGAUGCUCAACAUAAGGGGACUAGCUCUAAGGCUAAAAAUUUAAACUAAAAAGACAAUAGUUCACAGAGCCUAUCAAAGUAUAACAUGUGUAUAGGGCAAUCCAUACUAUUGGUCAUUUAUUAUUAUAUUUUUUGUUAUUUGUUUA